CGCCCCGGCAUGUGCCUGGUGGGCCCGGCGCAGCCCCAGGCCAGCCCCGUGCAGGCCACAUUCGAGGUCCUGGAUUUCAUCGCACACCUGUACGCGGGCGCCGACGCCCACCGGCACCUGGACGUCCGAGUCCUGCUCACCAACAUCCGCACCAAGAGCGCCUCUGCCCCCACGCCGUCCGCCUCGGUCCAGAAUCUCGCACAUCCGCCGGAAGUGGUGCUCACAGACUUCCAGACCCUGGACGGCAGCCAGUACAACCCGGUCAAGCAACAGCUCGUGCGUUAUGCCACCAGCUGCUACAGCUGUUGUCCGCGACUGGCCUCGGUGCUGCUGUACCCCGACUACGGGGCCGGAGAGUUGCCCGCGGAGCCCCGUGAUGUCCCCUUGCCCUCCACGAUCAGGCCAGCUUCCCCCGUGGGCAGGUCUCCAAAGCAGCCGGUGCGUGGCUACCACCGUGGCGCUGUGGGUGGCACGUUUGACCGCCUGCACAAUGCCCACAAGGUGUUGCUCAGUGUCGCAUGCGUCUUGGCCCAGGAGCAGCUUGUGGUGGGAGUGGCAGACAAAGAUCUGUUGAAGAGCAAGUUGCUCCCUGAGCUGCUCCAGCCUUAUGCACAACGCGUGGAACAUCUGAGUGAGUUCCUGGUGGACAUCAAGCCCUCCUUGACUUUUGAUGUCAUCCCCCUGCUGGACCCCUAUGGGCCCGCUGGCUCUGACCCCUCCCUGGAGUUCCUGGUGGUCAGCGAGGAGACCUAUCGUGGGGGGAUGGCCGUCAACCGCUUCCGCCUCGAGAAUGAUCUGGAGGAGCUCACCUUGUACCAGAUCCAGCUGCUGAAGGACCCAAGCCAUAUGGAAAACGAAGAGGACAAAGUCAGCUCCUCCAGCCUCCGCCAGCGAAUGCUUGGAAACCUGCUUCGGCCUCCCUGUGAGAGGCCAGAGCUCCCGCCAUGCCUCUAUGUGAUCGGACUGACCGGUAUCAGUGGCUCCGGAAAGAGCUCAGUAGCUCAGCGGCUGAAGGGCCUGGGGGCAUUUGUCAUCGAUAGUGACCAGCUGGGCCAUCGGGCCUAUGCCCCGGGUGGCCCUGCCUACCAGCCCGUGGUGGAAGCCUUUGGAGCAGAUAUUCUCCAUAAGGACGGCGUCAUCAACAGGAAGGUCCUAGGCAGCCGGGUGUUUGGGAACAAGAAGCAGCUGAAGAUACUCACAGACAUCGUGUGGCCCAUUAUCGCAAAGCUGGCCCGAGAGGAGAUGGACCGGGCUGUGACUGAGGGAAAGCACGUGUGUGUGAUUGAUGCUGCCCUGCUGCUGGAAGCCGGCUGGCAGAACAUGGUACACGAAGUGUGGACAGUGGUCAUCCCUGAGACUGAGGCCAUACGGCGCAUCGUGGAGAGGGAUGGCCUGAGUGACACUGCAGCUCAGAGCCGGCUGCAAAGCCAGAUGAGCGGGCAGCAGCUCGUGGACCAGAGCCACGUGGUGCUGAGCACCUUGUGGGAGCCGCAUGUCACGCAGCGCCAGGUGGAAAAAGCCUGGACCCUGCUGCAGAAGCGCCUCCCCAAGGCUCACCAGGCCCUCGACUGAACAUGAGUCUCCAUGGGGCCAGGCUGGCCCCAGAGCUAAGCGAUGCGGCAGUGAGGAGAAAUGGGGCCUCGGUACCCACCUGGCUCGGCCCAAGAGGUCUCCAAGCCAAGCUGUGCAGGACAUGGCACGGCCCAGUGGACACAGGAAACCUAGCUAGCACGCUGGUAUUGGGCCAGCAUUGCAGACGUGACUCACAGGGAUACAGGCCCCUCUGGGGCUCCAUCCCCACUCCUGUCCUUGGUGUCUGUGGUCCCCACAGCUGACCAGGGUCAGGGCAAACGCUGCAACUUGUAACAGAAUUAAAGACGAGUGUUUCCAGGUGCUGCCUGGAUGGUGUC